UGUUUUCUCUGACUUAUGCUUCUCUCUAUAUAUGUAAUCCACCCAGACUACCCACCACAUUUCGUACAAUAAGUUAUAAACACACAAUAAACGAUGCGCCACUCUAUCACCCAUUUUUCUGUCAAGUCCAUUGCGUAUCACUGCUGCAAUCAUAGCGCUCUGUCUCUCUCCCUCAUUCCCGACGAGUUGAGUUUGAAAAACGGUGGAAUACCUUUUGGAAUAGAACAUUUAUUUUCGGGUUGUGUUCUGCUAUGACCUGAUGGGAGUAAUGGAUUGUCAGAAUCUGAAGGUCCCGACCUGGUGAAGCCAUAGUUGAGCGCACCAUGCAGGACUUGGGCUUGAACCACCAGUAACAUACAGAGGGUGGAAACUGAGGGAUAAACUGUGGAGAAAAAGAGAAGUAUGGCAGUCUUUAAUCAGCUUGAGAAUGUGGAAGACCUCUAUGAGAUCGGAGAAGUACUUGGGAGUGGCCACUUUGGGCAGGUGCGGGAGGUGCGUGAGCGGGCCACGGGGGCUCGCUGGGCUGGGAAGUUCCUGAAGAUCAGGAAGUGUGCUAGCAGCCGGCUGGGCAUAGAGCGGAAGAGCGUGGAACGGGAGGUUGAGGUCCUGCAGGACCUAAAGCAUCCCAACAUCAUGGCCCUGAAGGAUGUGUUCGAGAGUCGGGCUGAGGUGGUGCUGGUGCUGGAGCUUAUUAGUGGAGGAGAGCUGUUUGACUUCAUCGCUGUGAAGGAGAACCUGACGGAGAGCGACGCCAUCGAGUUCAUGAAGCAGAUACUACUGGGCGUGGGCUUUAUGCACAGCAAACAAAUAGGCCAUUUUGACCUAAAGCCGGAAAACAUCAUGCUGUCGGACAAGAUGGCGCCAAACCCCGACAUUAAGAUAAUUGACUUUGGGCUUGCCCACAGCUUCCAGCCGGGGGAGGAGUACAAGUGCAUGAGUGGCACCCCGCAGUACAUUUCCCCUGAAGUGAUCAACUAUGAACCUCUGAGCACAGCUGUCGACAUGUGGAGCAUCGGAGUGAUCACCUACAUACUACUGAGUGGUAUGUCCCCGUUCCAAGGGGACACAGACGAGGAGACACUGAGGAACAUCAUAGCCCUGAACUACAAGUUUGACGACCACCACUUCAGCAUGACCAGUGCCAUGGCCAAAGACUUCAUCCAGAAGCUCUUUGUGAAAGAUCUGAAUGAGAGAAUGACCGCUGAGGAGUGUCUACACCACCCCUGGAUCAAGCCUCUGACACGGAAACAGGUGGCCAACAGGAAUCGUUCCUCCAUCAACAUGAAGAACUUUAAGAAGUUCAAUGCCAAGAGGAAAUGGAAGAUGUCAUAUAACAUGGUAUGGGUGUGUACCCGGCUGCGUCGACUGAAGCUGCAAUGUAAGACUAGUGCACUGGCGGGCGAGGAACUGAGACAGUGUGAGAGUGACCAGGAGGACACAGAGACCAAGCCAGCCUCUCUCAUUCGCCGGCGACUCAGCAACAGUUCAUAGACUCGACCACCAGGAGGGAGACAAAGCAUCAAGCUGCAAUGCACACUUCCCUUUACAGUGACACAACCAAGCCUACAGUAUUUGCCCUCCCCCUUUACCAGGCCUCGAGGGAGGGUAAGACCAAGACAGGCUGACACAAGUGCCAGGCACACAAGGAAUUUUCGGGCUCUAUGUCCCUACAUGAGACUUUUCCUUGAUGAAGUGGAAUGGAAUCUAUAGAACAAGGCCCGUCAAGGCUCAACUUUAGGCUCAAUGCACUUCAGGUGGAUUGUUUUUAGAGCUCUGCUCAGUAUCACUGUGGUUUAUUGCAUGUUUUUAUGGUGCUUUUGCAGUUGUAAAGGUCAACUGAUAGCAGGCGGCGACAUUAUUGUUCUUAUGGUGAAGUUACUGAUUUGGGGAUGAACAGUACUGGAUUGCCAGGUAGGUCACCCGUGAUACAAGUCAGUAUUAGACGUCCAUCCAUGUCGGAGGAUGUCAGGAGAUGACUGGUAAACCGGCCACUAGGGGCAACAGUGAGCGCUGUUACCUUCAAGUGGGUUUAAGUUUUGCUAUGGAUGGGGAUGGUGGAUGGGUGUAAGCAUCUGUCUCUGAUUCCAAAGGUUCCAUGUUUGAAACCAGCAAUAUAAUUUUAAAAAUUAAACCUAUCCCAGACCUUAACCCUUACCUUAACCAUUCAGAGUUAAUGCCUAAACGUAACCUUAAACACUUCAAAAUGUUACGUUUGGAACAACUUUGAAAUAUGACGUUUGAGAAACAUGGAUGAACGUCUAAUUCUGAUGUGAGACUGUGAAAGCUUGUAGGGAUUGAACCACGUAGGGUUGUUUAAACCUGAGGUAUAUCUGUACAUCUAGUAUGUUCCCCAUAAGAGGGUGGAUGGAAUUUAGCAGGUUUUCAUCUUCGUAAUGUGUUUUUGACAAAUAUAAUGCUAUACAAUGAUAAAAUAUCUAGUGUCCUAAACAUGAUUACGAAGUGCUCUCAUAUUGUACGAUGGACAAAUGUUUUAAGAUAACUGACCAGUAAAAAUAGCACAGCAAAUCAACUUUUAAAGGUUCUAUAAAUUCUAGUUUUACUAAUCCAAUACUGUCGUCCUGCAUACAGUAAAUACUCUGAACACUCCUCGCUCUACUGCAGUGUUUCCCAACCCUUGUCCUUGAGCACCCCCAACAGCACACAUUUUUAUUGUAACCCUGAACAAGCACACCUGAUUCAACUUGUCAACAAAUCAUCAAGCCCUCACUGAGUUGAAUGAGGUGUGUUUGUCAAGGGCUACAACGAAACUGUGUUGUUGGGGGUAGUCAAGGACCAGGGUUGGAAACACUGCUCAACUGAACCAGUAGCAUUACUGAAGAUCAUACAGUGAUGCAUGCCAAGUAACGUGACAACAUGUUGGUCUAUGAAUUGUCUUUUUGUGAGAACUAUAUACGUUUUCUGUUUCUCUAAGAAGUUCAAGAAUUUCAUUUUUUUUGUUUAUUUGAUCAUAACCUUGUGAAAAUACAUUAAAUCGACUGCCAGUGUUGUGUGGUUAUUUUAAAUAAAGGAACAUUGUUGUCAA